GUCAUCAUCAUGAAUUAUCCUGGUCUGAUUGGAAUUGGAUAUUCACUAGUGCUCGACUGCCACACUUCCCACAUAGCUGUAAAGUUUGGUGAGAUCUUGACCAACAUUGACAGGUGCUCAGGUAAGAAACUGGAGAAAGAGACGAAGUUCUUGAAGAAUGGUGAUGCUGGUAUGGUUAAGAUGAUUCCCACCAAGCCUAUGGUUGUUGAGACCUUUGUUGAGUACCCAACAUUGGGUCAUUUUGUUGUGACAGACAUGAGGCAAACUUUUGUUGUCGGUGUUGACAAGAAGGACCCAACUGGUGCCAAGGUCACACAAGGCUGCCCAGAUUAA